AUGUCUUUUAAAUACAUCCAACGGCCCAUAUUACACAGUAGUUACCUACGGUUUAAAUGGGCACUGCAGAGCAUUUGUCAUUUGUGGAAGUCGGCUCCUGCGAUUGCCAUUGACGAAGAAAAGAUAGAGAUGAGCACGAGCGGCAGAGACGAAAACGAGAAGGGCCUGCUAUGGAAGCUACCGGCAGUUAAGUCAAGGCAGUUGGGAAAGAUCGGGCCUGCUUUUGGUGUGGGCGCGGGUUGCGGCUUCGGUUUCGCCGUCGGACUCAUUGGAGGUACUGGCUUUGGUCCUGGAGUGCCGGGUUUACAGCUCGGCUUUGGAUUUGGAGUUGGUUGUGGGGUUGGUUUGGGUUUUGGGUACGGUGUGGGGAGAGGGAUUGCAUAUGAUGGCAGUCACAAAUACUCUAACGUUGGCAAAUUCUUAAACAAGAGUGGGGAUAUUCCUCUGCAGAAUGAAAUUGGUGACCUUGUUGAUGAGCUUGUUGUGAAUACGAAAAAACUAAUUCAAGCAACUACACGGGAAGUGGACAAGUGGAGGAGGUAUUGA